AUGAACAAACUUGAGUCUAGUUUGGUUUCUUGGGUAAUCUUUACUGUAGAUAAACAGCAAUGACUUAUCAUAUCACUGCCAUUCAAUUGAGGAUUUAUCUGAUGGUAUUCUCUUAUACGAACUCAUGGGCCAAAUGUAACUGUUAUUCAGCUCUUCGGAUCAUUUUCAAUCCCAAAUAUCAGAAGAUUCCUACUCUACUGCUUCAAAAGCACAUAAUUUAAAUAAGCUAAUCAGUGGGUUGGAAACUUUUUACUAUGAAGAACUGGGGAAAAACUUCAGUAGUUUGUUGAACAAUAUUGACACAUCAGAAAUUGCUCAAAACAAUGAUCGAUCUCAGCUUAUAUCUUUGCUAGAAAUGGUAAUGGGAGCCGUCAUCAAAUGCAAAGAUAAAGAAACUUAUAUUGCAAGGAUUGUCUCGCAAAACGAAGCGGUUCAAUCUGAAUUAAUGACUUUUAUCGAAAAAGUUUUAAGCAAGCUUGACAAAUUUGCUCAUAACGAAGAUAAGGAUUUAAGAACUGAGCUUACAGUACUCAGGCAGGAAAAGAGGGCUCUAACAUUGAAGCUUGAGGAUAGCGCAAAAGAGGUAGAAGAUCUUAAAUAUAAGAAUGAAGACCUGAGAUUAGUUAAAGACAGGCUUAUAUUCAAGAUCAAUGAAUUAGAAGUCGAACUUGAUAAAAAACAGUCAAAGAAAGAAAAUCCUGAUACUUCUUUAUUGAAAAUGCAAUUAAAUCAGAAAGAAACUACUAUUCGCGAACUAAGAAACCAGAUAAAUGAUAUUACCAAGAAGCAUCAGGAUGAAAUAGUAAAACUAAAGGAUGAGCUUGAUAUGGCACAGGAAAGAGACAUCCAGUUGAACAAAGCUGAAGCAACUCUAGAAUUAUACAAAAAGAAGCUGGAGGAGCUUAGCCAAUUUAAAACUAAAGCUAAAGAUCUAGAAGAAGAAAGAGAUCUUCUGAAAGACAAAAUAGCCAAGUAUGAAGAAAAUGUUCAUGAUGUUUGUGGUUUACAGCAAACUUUGAGCUAUUAUAAAGAGCAAUUUUCUGCAGAAAAAGAUAAAAAUGCUGCGCUUUUGAUAUUGGCUGACGAGAAGGAAAAUGCAUUAAAAAACUUUCAAAAAUUGCUAACUCUUUCUCUCCAUGAGAAAGCAAAACAUUUUGUUCACUCACGGAGGAGGUUAAUUAUUUUAUUAAAAUAUUUAUAGUAUCCACCAAAGUGAAAAGCUAUAUAUAUAAUUUUAUAUUAAAAAAUUUGUUGUUCGUAUGGAGGGUGUUUUUUUAUCCAAAAAAUAGGGAUUUCUCCAAUGGUUUUAUCCGCUCACGGAGGGGGAGUAAGUGAGUCUGAAGCAAAAAGAAAUUUCUUGGACGCGAAAAAUAAAGAAUUAAACGAUGAAAUAGAGCAAUUGAAAUUUAAGGCAGAAGCGAGCAUAGAUGAUUUACAUGUUGCAAGCAAGGGCUUGCAAUCAGAAUUAGAAGAACGAAUUAACUCCUUAGUAGAAGAAAACUCAAAGCUUAAACUACAAGUAGGCAAUCAAAGGGUAUUGCAAGAAAUGAAUGAGCAAAUGGAUCAAGCAUUUUUAUUUAAAAAAAAAGCAGAAGAAAAUUUGCAAAUUGAAAGAAAACUUACAAGAAAAACCACACAACAAAUGGAAAUCAUGAGCAAUCAAAUUGAGAGCCUAAAAGAAGAAAUCACAAAGCUUGAAGAAGACAGCCAGGCUGCAGAAAUAACAAUAAAAAAUUUGAAAAGCAAUAUUGAAAAUUUAGAAAAAGAAAAGAACGAACUAUUAUAUACAAAGUCUGAACUUGAAAAGCUAAAAGUAGAAAAAGAAUCGCAUUCCUCGGAAAUGAAAUGCUUAUUUAGAGAAAAAGAAGAAAUAAUUCAUAAACUCAUGCAAUGCAAGGAAGAGGUCCAUGCAUUGGAAAAUCAGCUUAGACACAGCGAAAUGACACUAAAAUCAGCACAAAUUGACUUGGAGCAGGCUCAAAAUAGAGUCAGCAUAGCUCAAGAAAGAGAAAAAUUCGCACUAAGCCAAUUAGAGUUUAUCAAAAAGAAUGAAAAUUCAGAAGGAGCGCGGAAAGCAGAAGUAUUAGAAAUGGAAAAAGAAAUUAUGAAUGCUAAUAAGAAAAUUGCUGAGUUUUUGCUUGAAAUAAAAGAAAAGGAUAACUUAAUAUGAAGUCUACAAACUGAAAAAUCAAUACUUGAAGAAGAGCUCAGGAAUUCAUUCAGUCAAGUAGAAGAAAUUUGCAGCCAAAGACUAAAAGACAAAACUUUAGCAUUGCAAGAAAUGGUAAAUCAAAAAGACUUAGAGAUUAGGCUGUUAGUCAAGGACAAAAAAGAAUCAGAAGCAGCCUAUGACACAGAAUUGAAACUGAUGAGUACAAUAAUGUUUGAAAUUGGAAAUGAAAUUUUCAAAGGUAGAGCUAAUAAUAAUAAAUAG